UGGCCACCUCCUCCCACCCCGGGAACGGCCGCGCUUGGGUGCACGGAGCUCUCCCCGGCGGGAUGAAAAGUCUCCGGAUAAAAAAUUAGCCGCAGGUCGCAGCAUUCCUUCCUCCUGGCCAAACUCGCCUCGCAGCCACCGAGGAGCUGAGCUGCGAUGCCUGGCCGGUGAUGCAAGGCUCGCUUUUUCCAGCACGGUUUUCCCUCGGGCUCCAGGCGCUCCCGCCGGUGCAGCUCCGGGUGCUUCGGGUGUGGAGCUCCGCCAGCCUCCACCCGCUCGGGAUCCGGCCCUGGAAGCUCUGGAGUUGCAGGCACAGUUGGAGCAGGGCUUUCUUGGUGUCCCAUCUGUGCCCCCCUCUCCCGCCUCCGCCGACCCCCAGCUCCUCGCCCGGAGGAAGGGUGCGCGUUCCGUGCAUCUCCCAUCCACCGAAAUCUAUGAUCAGCUCGGUGUGUGUCUCCUCCUACCGUGGACGCAAGUCUGGGAACAAACCACCCUCCAAAACAUGCCUGAAGGAAGAGAUGGGCAAAGGGGAAGAGUCGGACAAGAUCACCAUCAACGUGGGGGGCACCCGGCAUGAGACCUACAAGAGCACCCUGCGGACUUUGCCGGGCACCCGCCUGGCCUGGCUCGCCGACCCCGACGCCCAGAGCAACUUUGACUUUGACGGGAAGAGCAACGAGUUCUUUUUCGACCGCCACCCGGGGAUCUUCUCCUACGUGCUCAACUACUACCGCACGGGGAAGCUGCACUGCCCCGCGGACAUCUGCGGGCCCCUCUUCGAGGAGGAGCUCACCUACUGGGGCAUCGACGAGACCGACGUGGAGCCCUGCUGCUGGAUGACCUACCGGCAGCACCGCGACGCCGAGGAGGCCCUGGACAUCUUCGAGAGCCCCGAGCCCGGCGGAGGGGCCGGUGGAGAGGAGCCCGAAGAGGAAGGGGGUAGGGAGAUGGCCUUGCAGCGCCUGGGCAUGGAUGACAGGCCCCCCGGGGCGGCGGGGGCUGCUGGAGGGGGUGGCUGCUGUCGGAACUGGCAGCCCAAGAUGUGGGCGCUCUUUGAGGAUCCCUACUCGUCCAAGGCGGCCAGGGUCGUCGCUUUUGCCUCGCUCUUCUUCAUCCUGGUCUCCAUCACGACCUUCUGCCUGGAGACACACGAGGCCUUCAACAUCGACGUCAACGUGACGGAGACCCUCGUGGUCGGCAACACCACGACGGUGCUGCUGACGCACAAGGUGGAGACGGAGCCCAUCCUCACCUACAUCGAGGGCGUCUGCGUCCUGUGGUUCACCCUCGAGUUCCUGGUUCGCAUCAUCUGCUGCCCAGACAAGCUUCUCUUUGUCAAAAACCUGCUCAACAUCAUUGACUUUGUGGCCAUCCUGCCCUUCUACCUGGAGGUGGGUCUCAGUGGCCUGUCCUCCAAAGCCGCCCGGGAUGUGCUGGGCUUCCUGCGGGUGGUUCGCUUCGUCCGGAUCCUCCGGAUCUUCAAGCUGACGCGGCACUUUGUGGGUCUCCGGGUGCUGGGCCACACCCUCCGCGCCAGCACCAACGAGUUCCUGCUCCUCAUCAUCUUCCUGGCCUUGGGGGUGUUGAUUUUCGCCACCAUGAUCUACUACGCCGAGCGCAUCGGGGCCAAGACGUCCGACCCCACCGGGAGCGACCACACCCACUUUAAGAACAUCCCCAUCGGGUUCUGGUGGGCCGUGGUCACCAUGACGACCCUGGGCUACGGUGACAUGUACCCCAAGACCUGGUCGGGGAUGGUGGUGGGGGCUCUGUGCGCCCUGGCCGGGGUCCUCACCAUCGCCAUGCCCGUGCCCGUCAUCGUCAAUAACUUUGGGAUGUACUAUUCCUUGGCCAUGGCCAAGCAGAAGCUGCCAAAGAAGAAGAAAAAGCAUAUACCCCGUCCAGCCCCUCUGGACUCCCCCACCUACGGCAAAUCCGAGGAAAACUCCCCCCGGAACAGCACCCAGAGCGACACCUGCCCCUUGGCAGUAGAGGAGGGGGCGACUGAGCGGAAACGGUCAGACUCCAAGCAGAACGGGGAGGCCAAUGUGGUGCUGCCGGACGAGGAGCAGCCGCUGUCGCCGACGGACGAGGGGAAACGGCCCCUGCGCCGCUCCAGCACCCGGGACAGGAACAAGAAAUCCUCCACGUGCUUCCUGCUGGCCACGGGGGACUUCUCCUGCGCGGCUGAUGGAGGCAUCCAGAAAGGAGCUGCUCCCUGUGCUGCCCCUGUACACACCCCGGCACUUCCACGCUCCUGCUUUCCCUGGAUCCUGCUGGUGCUCGGGAAAGGCUCAGGCUUGGCUGGGUUUGCUCACCCAGGAAGAUGCAGGCACAGGGACAUCGGGCUCAUCAUGGCCAGGAGCAUCAUUAAUUUUCCAUAUUUUGGCAGCAGAUCCAGGGACAGACUCAUCUGCAACAGCGCUGCAGGUUGGACCUAAAAAUCCAAUUUUCAGUGCAAAUACUUAGUGCCUUUCCAGCAAGAAAAGUGGCUUUUGACCUGUGAGAGCAUUUCUUCUGGCUGUUUGCUUUUCCAAUAAAAGCUGGAGCAAUUCCUGGCUCUUUGGGAGGAGUGUGAAGGGUCCCUGUGCUUGAAGAAAUAUAAAUAUCUGCAAUUUCUUGCAGAAAAUAAUGAGCACAUCCACCUGCUCCUUUCCACACAGAAAGGUGUGUGCAGCAGCUUGGGGUUUAAAACCCAGAGCCGUGGGAAUAACUCCUUCAAAAUCCCAUAUUUGUUUGAGUUCUGCUGCUUUUCCCUGUCUGCUUUAGCCCACAAAACCCCCAGUUUCAUUCCUCAUUCAGAAAAAUUUGGGAAGCAAAAUCCAACACCCCCCAGGAGCAAUUUGGUCUCCCAGGACUGACGACUCCCAAGUCCUGGAUUUGGCCAGUGCUGCUCCACGAAGGGAGGGGGAAGGUCUGGAGGAUCUCUGGUUGCCCUCAGAAAGCUCUUCCUGGAUUUUUUAGGGGGUUGAUUGGGGCGUGGGGCUGGUGACGCUCCCCCUGGUGCUCCCGGCUUUCCCAGCCUUGGGAAUGGGGCUGCUCGGCUCUAACCUGUGUGUUUUC